AGAGGGGGACGGGAAGCAAGGGUCGCGCGCAGGGACUGAAAGGAGGAAAAAAAACGGAUCGGGAGCGGAGCUCCGUGAUGUGUCUGAGGUGCUCCCGAACCCAAAAAACCACCGCAUAGAGAGGAUUAAAAGACACUCUUCUUCACAGAGUACACGCAAAUACCCGCGGUGGAGAGAGACUGAAGCCAGGAGAUUACCUCAGAGAAGGACCGAGCGAGCUUGCCGCGGCGGGGCUGGAAGCGGAGCACCAAUCCCGGAUGGCUAGGCGCGGCUGCCCUCGCACUCUCCCACCCUGACCCGGCGGAGACUCACAGGACUGCCGCGGAGCUCCGUGUGAGGACAGUUACACCGCGUUUCCUCCGCUCACUGGCGUUCAUACCCCGGCCUGUUUCCGCGGAAACGGGAAUUUUGGGAUCGAGCAUAAACAAACAGCCACUCUGGUGAGAGAGUGAUCAGACUCGAAGAGAAGUGAGUGUGCGGUAAUAACUGCGUGUUUACAGCCUGUUGGUGCUCCGUUAUUGCGGGUAUCACGGUGUUCUGACAUGGCUGUGUUAGACUGAAGGAUCCAGCGGCAUUAUGGGAUGUAGCAGGACUGUGCAGUGAUCCCGCUCAUUGAAAGGAAACAUUCAGUGUACAGGAGCGGGAAGAGCCAGACCUAAACACACACAAGCACACACACCCUCAUCCUUUCUGCAACCAUGCCCGUCUUCAACGGCCUGCUGAAGGUUCGGGUGUGUGAAGCAGUGGACCUGAAACCCACCCCGUGGGCAUUGCGUCACGCCGUGGGGAAGAGUGGCUCCUUCCUGUUGGAUCCAUACCUGGCCUUGAACCUGGACCAGACCCGACUGGGCCAGACCGCCACCAGAACCAAGACCAACAGUCCGGCCUGGCACCAGGAGUUCUGCACCGAGGUCCGAGAGGGACGCAGCCUGGAGCUGUCGGUGUUCCACGAUGCACCCAUUGGGUAUGAUGACUUCGUGGCCAACUGUACCAUCCAGCUGGAGGACCUGCUGCAGAACGGGACUCGGCACUAUGAAGACUGGAUCGACUUGGAGCCAGAGGGGAAGGUCUACGUGGUCAUUGAUCUGUCUGGAUCCACCACUGAGGCCUCGGGAACCAACGAGAAUGAGGAGAGGGUGUUCCGCGAGAGGAUCGGUCCUCGCCGGAGGCAAGGAGCCGUCCGAAGACGUGUCCACCAAGUCAACGGACACAAAUUUAUGGCUACCUACCUGAGACAGCCGACCUACUGCUCACAUUGCAGAGAUUUUAUCUGGGGUGUGCUGGGAAAGCAGGGAUACCAGUGUCAGGUGUGUACCUGCGUUGUCCACAAGCGCUGCCAUGAGCUUAUCAUCACCAAGUGUGCUGGGAUGAAGAAGCAGGAAGACACAGCUGAGGAGGUGGGUUCACAGCGGUUCAGUGUUAACAUGCCCCACAAGUUCAGUAUCCACAACUACAAGGUGCCUACCUUCUGCGACCACUGUGGCUCUCUGCUGUGGGGCCUCAUGAGGCAGGGCCUUCAGUGUAAAGUGUGUAAGAUGAAUGUGCACAGGCGCUGUGAGACCAAUGUAGCUCCUAAUUGUGGCGUGGACGCCCGAGGAAUCGCCAAGGUGCUGUCUGACCUGGGAGUCACACCUGACAAAAUCUCCAACACAGCACAGCGCAGGAGGAAGUUGACUCCAGGGCAGGACCCUCCGCAGUCUCCUCCUGAGCUCUCUCAGACGGAGGAGAACAGCUUCAGCCAGCCAGCUGUCCCCACCUCCCCCUCACAGCAGGGCUUGGCAGAGCUAGAACGCCUGCAGGACGCGCUGUCGCCCGACCAGCAGGGACCCCAAUACUCAUCUUCCUCCUCCUCCACCAACUCCUCCUCGUCCUCUUCCUCGGCGGCCAGGGAGAACGGACAGGGCCAGAGGAGGACCCUGAAGGACUUUAACUUUAUCAAAGUCCUCGGCAAAGGCAGCUUUGGCAAGGUGAUGUUGGCGGAGCUGAAGGGGACAGACGAGGUUUAUGCCGUCAAAGUUUUGAAGAAAGACGUAAUUCUUCAGGAUGACGACGUGGACUGCACCAUGACAGAGAAGCGCAUCCUGGCCCUCGCCCGCCGCCACCCCUACCUCACCCAGCUCUACUGCUGCUUCCAGACACGGGACCGUUUAUUCUUUGUGAUGGAGUAUGUGAACGGAGGAGACCUGAUGUUCCAGAUUCAGAGAUCCAGGAAGUUUGAUGAGCCUCGCUCCCGUUUUUAUGCUGCCGAAGUCACAUCGGCUUUAAUGUUUUUGCAUCGGAAUGGAGUCAUCUACAGGGACCUGAAGUUGGAUAACAUCCUCUUAGAUGCGGAGGGACACUGUAAGCUGGCAGACUUCGGUAUGUGCAAGGAGGGCAUCAUGAACGGAGUGACCACCACCACCUUCUGCGGUACACCUGACUACAUUGCCCCUGAGAUACUGCAGGAGCUUGAGUACGGAGCCUCCGUGGACUGGUGGGCUUUGGGGGUGCUGAUGUACGAGAUGAUGGCCGGGCAGCCGCCGUUCGAGGCCGAUAAUGAAGACGACUUGUUUGAGUCAAUUCUCCAUGAUGACGUCCUCUAUCCCGUGUGGCUCAGCAAGGAGGCAGUGUCCAUUCUUCGAGCGUUCAUGACAAAAAACCCAGCCAAGCGUCUGGGCUGUGUGGUGACCCAGGGCUGCGAGGAUGCCAUCAAGACCCACCCCUUCUUCAGGGAAAUCGACUGGGUUCUGCUGGAGCAGAGAAAAGUGAAACCGCCGUUCAAGCCCCGGAUUAAAACCAAGAGAGAUGUGAAUAACUUUGACCAGGACUUCACUAAGGAGGAACCUGUGCUGACGCCCACCGAUGAGGCCAUCAUCCGACAGAUCAACCAGGAGGAGUUCAAGGAGUUCUCCUACUGCGCCCCCGAGGAGACGCAGACCUAACACACACACACCUAUCAGACAACACUAACACCUGGCAUGCUUACACUCAGCAGAACCAGAACACACACUCUCUCGGUCAAUCUUUUCCUUUUGAAGCUCUUGGUUGUUACGUUUGGAGCAUUAUUUCCUUGCAUUGUGUCGUUCUUGUUGCCUGGGUUUUAUUAUGAAUAUGACUAUGAAAAUAAAUAUGAACACACACACACACCGCUCUCACACAAAUACACGUUGUCACUUUGCUCACUGUUUAGACAGAUGGAUACACUCACACCGCUUCUCUAACCAGCACCGAAUCACACACACAUGCACACACACACACACGGAGCGGCGGUGCGAAGGCUUGUACAUAGCCUGUGUCGAGUGGCUGUAUCGUGUCAGUAUCGUCUGCUAGUAAAGGGGGCGUCGUUGCGCAUGGACAAGCACCCUUCCUGUGUUAUUACUGUCCUUAUCGUGGACCAUUUAGGGCCAAACACCCUUUUGUGCAAUACCAUGACUAUCUAAAUAUUUUAUUGUUUGUUUGUUUUUUUCUUUAAAAAUGUAUUGUUCUGUUAGAUUUUGGGUGAAAUUGCGUUGACUAUCACACUCUCUGUCCUCUCGUCCUCUGUACAGUGCCUUGCAAAAGUAUUCACAGUUUUUAGGUGACAACCACAAACUUUGAUGUAGUUUAUUGGGGAUUUUGUGUGAUAGACCAAUACGUAGUAAGCGCUUCUUUGGUAAGUGGAAGGAAAUUGAUAAAUGAUUUUCAUCCAAUUUCUUUGUGCGUUUGCAUUCAGCAUCCCUAAGUCGAUAGCACCUUUCUAUGCAUUUACAGCUGCAGGUAACUUGGGGUGUGUCUCUAUCUGUUUUGCACGAGAGGCUGACAAUUUUGCCCAUUCUUCUUUGCAAAACAACUCAAGCUCAGUCAUAUUGGAAUGAACCUUAAUUUUUAAGUCUUACAAUAGAUUCUCAAUUGGUUUUAGGUUUGUACUUUAACUGGGCCAUUUGAAGACAUGAAUAAGAUUUGAUUUAAACAAUCUCAUUAUAGCUCAGGCUGUAUUUUUAGGGUCUUCUUGCUGCUGGAAGAGAACCCCCACCCCUGUGUAAAUUCUUUUGCAGCCUCAAAACAGUUUUCUUCCAGGAUAACACUGUUUUUCAUCCACGAAGCAUGAUGUUGCCAUUAUCAAGUUUCACUGUGGGGAUGGUGUGUUUAGGGUGACUUAGAGUAUAAGUCUUUCGCCACAAAUAGCGAAAAAACAUUUCAGUUUUGAACUGAUUUUUGUCCCUGCUAAAGGAAAGCAAACCGGCAGCUACCAACACCAUGUUUCAUGAUGGAGAUGCUGUCUUGCCACUCUGCCACAAAGACCAGAUUUGUGGGGCAUUGAACAGUGAGGUUAAAGUUCACAUAGGUGGACUCGAAUUACUAAUUUGCAAACUUUUAUUUUGAGAAUGAUAAAUAAUUUCCUUCCACUUCACAGUGAUUCUACUUUGUGUUGAUCCAUCACAUAAAAUCCCUUUGAAAUACUUUGAAAAUUGCUGUUGUGAAGAUAUGACAAGAUGUGGAAUCAAAAUGGGCAUGAAUGCUUUUUCAAGGCUCUGUAUGUACAGUGAAUGUUACAGGCUAUUGAACUAAUUAUGUGGAGCAGAGAGUUACAGGCGGCCCGUGUAGCAGUGAAAAACUCCGGUGUCCAGCUGUUUCAUCUGUCUGCCGGCCGGUGUGAAUGGGUUGGCCCAUUUCUUUUUUUGGUUUUUUUCCAAGUAUUGUGAAUGUACAUGUUUGUGCGCAUGAAUGUGAGAACUUUAGUCUCCUCCAUGUUGUGUGCAACUUUUUGUUUUCUGCAUUCCUGUAUCUAUAGCAACCACCAAUGUUUCACCCACCUUACUUUUCAGCAAUUCCUCUUUUCCUUGCUUCUCUGUCCCUCUGAGCCAAAAAACUGCUCUCACUCUUGCUUUAUUUUUUCAAAAUGGCUCUUCUUUCUUAUUGCUCUCUCUUUUUUAUUGUUACAUUAAUUAUUAUUAUUAUUAUUAUUGUAAAGUGUAUCUGGAAGAUAAGAACCUUUAUGUGUAAAACUAUAACUAUUCCAUUAUAGGUCUGUUUCAGCCGGUUGUAAGGAAACUUGGUGAACCAGCAGCUAAAUUACCUCUCACUUACUCACUGACUCUCUCCUUUGCCCCCCCUCCCUUUGCUGUAUCUCUCUCUUUCUCUGAACCACACAUGCACACAUAAAGAGGGACGGUUUGUCUCAUGUCUUGUACAGUGAUCUGAAGACGGGCCGGUUUGCUUGUCUGUGCAGUAGAGUCAGUGUGUAGUGACGCUUUGUGCACCCAGGGGUACGGCUGUUCCUGGUCACUCUUAUCUUUUACUCUGUGCCAAAAAUGUAGUGCAACAGCCGGGCUAGUCCCCGUCUGGUCUGAUUCCAAUAAAACACUGAGCUGUCUACAUCCA